CGUCCGUUUGUUCGAGAAAGAUUGGCUUUUUAAGUUCAGUUUUAUUCUUAUUGAUGAGUGCCUUACAUUCAAACCUAAAAACACCUUAAAAGUUGUUGCUUGUUGCCACUAGUCAAAUGUCUUGUUUCAUGAAAAUCUCCAGAAGCAAAUGGUUUUACCAUUUGAAACCCCAAAAUUCUAGUUUGACAUGUAUGAGUUCUUUUGGCUCUCCAUUUAGGCUCUUUUCUGAAAGGAAUGAUAACAAAAAGAAAUAUGAAUACAGCUAUGUGUGUGGGCCUGGAACUACUCCUUUAUUAGGAAAAACAAUUGGUCAGCUAUUAGAAAGUGCAUCUCACAGGCAUGGCGACAGUGAAGCUGUUAUAGUUGUUCAUCAAAAGAUCCGAAAGACAUACCAGCAACUACUUCACGAUGCAGAUCAAUUAGCAGCAGGAUUUGUUUCAUUAAAGCUACAGCGUGGAGAUAGAAUUGGCAUAUGGGGGCCUAACUCAUACGAAUGGGCUUUGACUCAAUGGGCAGCAGCAAGAGCAGGCCUUAUUCUAGUAAAUGUAAAUCCAUCUUACCAGCCAAUGGAGUUAAAAUAUGCCUUAAACAAAGUCGGCAUUAAAGCCCUUGUAGCUGCUGAGUCAUUCAAAAAUCGCGACUAUUAUUCGAUCUUGAAUGAGGCUGUGCCUCAAAUUAAAGAAACAAAUGAGAGGAGUUUCAUCAGCAGCAGCGAGGUCCCGUCUCUUCGAAGUGUCAUUAUGAUCUCUGAUAACAUCGUCAAGGGAACAUGGCGCUUCCAAGACGUCAUGGAAUUAGGAGGCAACAAUGAGUUAAAAGAAAUUCAUGGAAUCCAAAGAAAAAUUCAGUUUGACGAACCAGCAAACAUCCAAUUUACUUCGGGCACUACUGGUAAUCCUAAAGGAGCUACAUUGACGCAUCAUAACAUAGUCAAUAACGGAUACCUAAUGGGCUUACGAACGGGCUAUCAUCUAAAGGUCCAUCGCUUAUGUCUUCCUGUACCACUCUAUCACUGCUUUGGCUGUGUUAUGGGAGUACUUAGCGCAGUGAGCCACGGUGGAAGUUACGUUCUCUCCAGUCCCGCUUUCAGCGCAAGAGAAGCUGUCAAAGCUGUGGAACAGGAGCGAUGCACUUCACUAUACGGUACGCCCACCAUGUUUGUAGACAUACUAAAUCUACCCGAACUGAAAAGCUACGACAUUACUAGCCUCUCAACAGGAUAUAUGGCCGGCGCACCUUGUCCGCAAUCGAUUGUCAAGGCCGUGGUUCAUGAUCUACACAUGAAAGACUUUGUGGUGGCAUAUGGUAUGACAGAAACCAGCCCAGUGACUUUCUCUGGAUACUCUAGCGACCCUUUGGAAGUCCGGCAUUCAACCAUCGGCUUUCCUAGUGACUACACUGAGGUAAAGGUAGUUAACGAGCAAGGAGAAAUCGUCCCUGUUAAUACGCCAGGAGAGCUGUGCACGCGAGGGUAUUCAACUAUGUUGAAAUACUGGGAUGACGAGGAGAAAACAAAGGAAACUAUUUCGCCUGAUCGUUGGUUACGUACUGGUGAUAUUGCUGUCAUUGACGAGAAUGGCUAUGGGCAAAUCGUUGGUAGGGCAAAAGAUAUGCUUAUAAGAGGCGGAGAGAAUAUUUAUCCCCGUGAGAUUGAGGAGUUACUUCAUACCCAUCCAGCAGUUGCCGAAGCUCACGUAAUUGGUGUUCCAGACGUAAGACUAGGUGAAGAAGUUUGCGCGUGGGUGCGUCUACGACCCAACUGCGCAGUAACCGAAAAUGAUGUUCGAAAUUUUUGUCGCGAAAACGUUGCCUACUUCAAGAUACCAAAGUACAUAUUAUUCCGAGAAGAUUUUCCAAAAACCGUUACAGGGAAAAUUCAAAAAUUCCGAAUGCGUGAAAUAACUGUCAGUGAACUGAACAUAGAUUCAUAGUGCCUAUUAAUGGGAGAUUUUAUACAACUAAUACAAAAAGAAUUUUUAUCUUA